AUGAAAAAAGACAACCAAUCCUGUUUGACUGAGUUUAUCCUUCUUGGCUUCUCAGAUUUUAAGUCUAUUGAAGAACUUCUGUUUUGUCUGGUUCUAAUAUUCUACCUGAUGGCUUUGAUGGGCAACAGCCUGGUUUUGACCCUCACCACUGCCAGUCCCACACUCCACACCCCAAUGUACUUCUUCCUCUGGAAUUUGUCCUUUUUGGAAAUUGGCUACACCUCCACCAUCAGCCCAAAGAUCCUAAUGAAUUUGUUAUCAGGGAACCGGACUAUAUCCUUUUGGGGCUGUGGGUGUCAAAUGUGCUUCUUCAUUCUCUUUAGUGUCACUGAGUGUUGUCUUCUUUGUGUUAUGGCGUAUGACCGUUAUGUUGCCAUUUGCAAACCCUUGCAAUACCCCUGCAUCAUGAAUGACAAGAAAUGUGCUAGGUUAGCUGCCAUCUCAUGGACCACUGGUAUUUUUGGAAGUUUGGGGCAAUCUAUUUCAAUCUUCACUCUUCCCUUCUGUGGGUCAAACAGAAUCAGCCAUUUCUUCUGUGAUCUUAUGCCUGUUCUGAAACUGACUUCUAUCAAUACCUACAAAAAUGAAAUGGCCAAUGCCACACUAACUGUGGUAUUUGUCCUGGCACCCCUUUUGUUCAUCCUCUUUACUUACCUCCUCAUUGUCUCCACUAUUCUCACAAUGCCAGUGGCCACGAAUAGGCACAAAGCAUUUUCCACUUGUUCCUCACAUCUCAUUGUUGUUUUCAUUUUCUUUGGAACCAUCAUUGUUACCUACAUUCAUCCCAAUUCAGCUUCUUCAGGAUCUGUGGACGAUAACAGGAUCCUUGCCCUGCUCUACACAGUAGUGACUCCAAGCUUGAACCCCAUUAUUUACAGCUUGAGAAAUAAAGAAAUAAAAGCUGCUUUCAAAACAUCGGUAGCAAGGAAAUGGAUCUUCUUUAGGUAA